AUGUCUUGGCUGCAUCCUAAUGCACAUUGGGGAUGGGUUUCAUGGGAUCGCAAGACCGGACGUCUCGAGCGGGAGAAGCAGUCUUUGUGGAGGAAGAUCAAACUUCUCUUACUCUUCAAUCCUCUCACAGAAUGGGUAGAUACAACUCAGGCCAUGAGAUUGUACACCCACAGCAGAACGAUCAAACAGGGUGAAAAGGAAGGAACCCUUGAAUCCAGAAAGGGUAUAAAACGAUUUGUUGAGGAAUUCAGCAUAGACAUGAACGAGUACGAGCCUUCAGAUAUCACCAAGUAUCGCACAUUCGAAGACUUCUUCGUCAGGGCGCACAAGGAUGGGUCGCGGCCAAUCCACGAGCCUCAAAACCUAGCUCAUGCUGUUGUUCCCGCAGAUUCACGCGUAGUCGCUUAUGAGUCGGUCGCAGAGACCAAAAAUCUAUGGAUCAAGGGCAAGAGUUUCAGCACCAGCACCCUAGUGAUGGACACUGACCUGGGGUCGCAAUUCGAUGGCGCCGCUGUCGCAAGCUUUCGCCUAUCACCUCAGGAUUACCACCGGUAUCAUUCGCCUGUCUCCGGCAAGAUCAAGGUGUACAGAAGUAUACCGGGGGACUAUUAUCAAGUGGACGCCGUCGCUCUACAGAGUGAUGUGGACAUCUUGACGAGAAAUAGACGAGUGUAUAUGGUUAUUGAAACUGAAUCCUUCGGCGAUGUUUUGUUCGUGGCUAUCGGCGCAACCAAUGUUGGAUCUGUCAAGAUACAUGAGAGAUUCAGGCAGAUUGGCGCCAAGGUUGCCAAAGGGGAUGAAUUGGGCCAUUUUCAAUUUGGGGGUUCUUCUAUCAUCGUGGCUUUUCAAAGUGGACGGAUCUCGUUUGAUCAAGACUUGCUUGAUUUAAGCAAACAGAGGAUCCAAGUUGCCGUUGAAAUGGGCAUGAGCUUGGGGUUUGCUACUAAUUAA